UCUCUACCUCUUUCUCUUCCCUUUAUCCUUUGAGAAAAUGGCUAGAAGAAACUUCAGCAGCAUUGUUUCCUUCUUUCUUCUCCUUGUAGCCUUCACUUACACACAAGCUAGUGAAAAUGUUCCAUACACAAGAGAGAAGAAAAUAGAUGUGGUUGUGGAAACCACAGUCUACUGUCAAACCUGUGAGCAUUCAGGAACUUGGUCUCUAAUUGGAGCCAAGCCAAUUCCUUCUGCCAAAGUAAGCAUCACCUGCAAAUCACACAAAGGUCAUGUUAGCUUCUACAAAGUGUUUGAAACCGACAAAAACGGUUACCUCUAUGCACCACUAGAGGGGUUCAAGAUGCAGCAUAUAUUAGAUCAUCCACUUCACUCUUGCUUUGUGAAGCCUCUUUGGUCUCCUCUUGAGAGUUGCGUUCUUUUGUCGAAUGUUAAUUAUGGUUUGAAUGGAUCGCCGCUUCGUUAUGAGAGCAAGAGGUUGCAUGGAAGCAAGUAUGAGGCUGUUAUUUAUGCUGCUGGUCCCUUGGCUUUCCAUCCUCCAGAUUGCUCAAAGACUCACUACUAAUUUCUCAGACAAUUAUGAAUCGCCCAUCAACCAUUAAGAUUCUUUGACUAUUAUUAUGUUGUUUCUAUGAUUUGUAUGUGUAUUAAGUUUUCAAUCUUAAAUUGUAUCUUUGUUAUGUUUUUUUGGGUAUACGGAUUCACAAAUUGUAACGUCACUAUGGAUAAUGUGAUUUGUGUUUCUAAUGAGUUUUUGACUGUUCUUGCUUGACUUCCAUAAGCAUACAAAGUUAGUAAAAGUCAUAAGUUUAUAUUAGAAAUUUAGAGUAAUGAAAUG